AUGUCGCUGAUGAGAUUCAAUCUUGUGCCAUUGUUCCUAAACUUCAUCCCUGUGACUAGCUACAGGAAGAUUGGCGCAAUAGCGCAGCUUGACGGCAGGCUGCAGCCAGAUGGAGAAGCGUCACUCGCUCUCAUGGCCAGCUUUGAAAUCCGCAGUAAAUUUCUCAACUCUUUGAAAUCACAGAGUAGAAUGAAGAGGGAACGCGAUCGACCCAAGGUGGAGAGGUCUUCAAUGGGUAAAGGCAAGAUUUGGGAAGAACAUCCGCUGGAUGCCAGAAUGGAUGAGCUACUGGCGGUGUUGGGCUACAAGGUGAAGACUUCGGAUAUGGCAGACGUGGCUCAAAAGCUUGAGCAGCUAGAGAUGGUCGGGAAGACGGGAUUUCCCAUCUUUCGUCUUCUACGGAGGAUUUCCGAUGAUGAUUUGAGGGUGAUUCCAGGCGAUGCUAUUUUCGGUAAUACCAAAGACAGAAAUCCUCAGCUGGAUCUGAUUUUAGUGGUGGAGAAACCACAAUACACCCUGGAAUCCUCCUACACAGACGACCUCCAUAUGCACUUUUACGAGACAUGCCUCUACCUGAAAUUCGCGCACUUCACGGCUAACCAAGCGAUUCUCGAGACCUUCACGGAUUGCAGCCGAGUCCACGUCAUCGACUUCAGCUUGAAGCAAGGGAUGCAGUGGCUGGCGCUUAUGCAGGCUUUGGCGGUCAGACUCACCGACCCACCGCCCUUUUGGCUCACCGGGAUAGGCCCUCCCCAGCGGGGUAUGAGUUCUAUGUGGAUUGAGAGCACUUAA